GUCGGGAUUGGAAUGUGAGCCACUAACAAACGGAACAACUGAGCACUCGGAAGUCGGUCAGUGGGGCUGAGGAAUUCCAUCAUUUUCCCCCAGCAUUUUCAAGCGAGGUCAGCUUUUCUCAGCCGGGUGUCGAGCGGAGAACUUGGCGCAGCGAAUGAGCUUUAUCUUCUAUCUCAGAGCGUCUUGUAGAUGGGGAGAGAAAUGCAAGGAUUCGUCAGGUUAUGCCGGUGCCGCGUUGCCUGUUCUCGGAGAACCAUGGAGUGAUUCGAGGAAGGGAGAUCCAGGACUGAUCACGCCGAGACAUUUGGGUCGAAGCGCGGCGGAUACGCUGACUGGGCUUUUCCGCUCUUUCUCAAUGUAUUCUGCCGAGUUAAACAUCUAACCUUUCCGCCUAGGGGACCCUCGGGGACCCCCGCUGCUGUUUACCCGCAGAGAGCGACUACCCAGGCGGACACUUUUCCAUAUGAAAAGCUCUGAAUGAGAGUGUGGAGAAACGCUGUGGAAGAGAUUGUGACCCAAAGGGUUCGGGUGGCACUCGUCUUUUUAGGUGCACCCAAGCCCCUUGGACAUGCUGGGACUCCAGAGAAGCGUGAGAAAGGGACCACACUUUUAAAAUCGCCCACAUGCGCUGGAUUAAUCGCUGCAUUUGGGAACCAAAUACGCAGAAGGGGGUUUGGGGAUCCUUGGAGGAGGGAGCCGGAGGAUGGAGCCGUGUAACCGGGAUUGCUGAGAGCCUAACUUCGGGCCACUUUGCUAAUCUUAUUCCCAACCAAGUUGCAUUUGUUCCCAGGACACAUGCAGGCCAAAAAACGCUACCUGAUCCUGCUCUCAGCCGGGGCUUGUCUGGUGCUUUUCUACCUCGGAGCGGUUCCGCUUCCAACAGCGAGCAGACACCGGCAUGGGUACAGACCCGAUCACCCAUGGCCUCACUUCUCUGACCCUUUACACCCCUUCGUGCCGUGGGAUCACACUGACACGGAUGAGUAUAACGUGCACACAUCUGUGAGGCAGAAGCGGGUUGUGAACACCAGUGUUUUCAAAGGCAAACGGUGCCGGAUGGAUUCAUGUUUUGACUUUUCUCCGUGUAAAAAGAAUGGAUUCAAAGUUUAUGUUUACCCGCAGCAGAAGGGAGAGAAGAUCUCAGAGAGUUAUCAGAACAUUUUGUCCACUAUUGAGGGGUCUAGGUUUUACACCUCGGACCCCGGUCAGGCGUGUCUGUUUGUGCUUAGCUUGGAUACCCUUGACCGGGACCAGCUGUCUCCACAGUACGUCCAUAACCUGAAGAGCAAGAUCCAAAACUUGCCCCUGUGGAAUGAUGGCAGGAACCAUCUCAUAUUUAACUUAUAUUCUGGGACGUGGCCGGACUAUACGGAAGACUUGGGCUUUGACAUUGGCCAGGCGAUGUUGGCCAAGGCCAGUAUUGGCACCGAGAACUUCAGACCCAACUUUGACGUCUCAAUCCCCCUUUUCUCCAAGGAGCACCUGAGGAACGGCGGAGAGAGGGGUUACCUUAAGUAUAACUCAAUCCCGCCUUUUAGAAAGUACAUGCUGGUCUUCAAGGGGAAGCGAUACCUCACCGGUAUCGGUUCGGACACCAGGAAUGCCUUAUAUCACGUCCACAACGCGGAGGAUGUGGUGCUGCUCACCACCUGCAAGCAUGGCAAAGACUGGCAGAAGCACAAGGACGCACGCUGUGACAAGGACAACGCAGAGUAUGACAGGUAUGACUACAAAGAGAUGCUCCAUAACUCCACCUUCUGCUUGGUGCCCCGAGGCAGACGGCUGGGCUCCUUUCGCUUCCUCGAGGCCCUGCAGGCGGCAUGUGUGCCGGUGAUGCUGAGUAACGGCUGGGAGCUGCCUUUCUCCGAGAUCAUCAACUGGAACACGGCAGCAGUCAUCGGUGACGAGAGACUCCUUCUGCAGAUUCCCACCACGGUGCGCUCCAUCCACCAGGAUAAGAUCCUGUCACUCAGACAGCAGACCCAGUUCCUGUGGGAGGCCUACUUCUCAUCUGUGGAGAAAAUAGUGCUGACUACACUGGAGAUCAUCCAGGACCGUGUUUUGGAGCACAACUCCAGGAGCAGCCUGAUGUGGAACAGUCACCCCGGGGGGCUCUUUUCUCUGCCACAGUAUUCUAGCUACCUGGGAGACUUCCCCUUCUACUAUGCCACACUGGGGAUUAAACCGUACCCAAAGUUCACAGCCGUCAUCCACGCCGUCUCCAAUCUGGUCUCUCAGUCCCAACCAAUCCUCAAGCUGCUGGUGGCGGUGGCCAAGUCCCAGUACUGUGCACAGAUUAUUGUGCUGUGGAACUGUGACAAGCCCCUCCCCGCCAAGCACCGCUGGCCUGCCACCUCCGUGCCCGUCAUCGUCAUCGAGGGAGAGAACAAGGUGAUGAGCAGCCGCUUCUUCCCCUACGACACCAUCGUGACGGACGCCGUCCUCAGCCUGGAUGAAGACACCGUGUUGUCCACCACUGAGGUGGACUUUGCCUUCACCGUUUGGCAGAGUUUUCCGGAACGGAUCGUGGGCUAUCCUGCACGCAGCCACUUCUGGGACAGCAACAAGGAGCGUUGGGGGUACACGUCCAAGUGGACCAAUGACUAUUCAAUGGUUCUGACCGGCGCUGCCAUAUACCACAGGUAUUACCACUACCUGUACACCAACUACCUGCCCUCCAGUCUCAAGAGCAUGGUGGAUCAACUGGCCAACUGCGAGGACAUCCUGAUGAACUUCCUGGUCUCCGCUGUCACCAAGUUACCUCCCAUCAAGGUCACACAGAAGAAACAGUACAAGGAGACCAUGAUGGGACAGUCGUCAAGAGCUUCUCGCUGGGCCGACCCGGACCACUUCGCUCAACGGCAGACGUGCAUGAACAAGUUUGCCAGCUGGUUUGGCUCAAUGCCGCUGGUCCGCUCCCAGAUGAGGCUGGAUCCUGUCCUGUUCAAGGACCAGGUCUCCAUCCUGCGCAAGAAAUACAGGGACAUCGAGAGGCUCUGACCCGCCCAGGGUGGGUGGGAGGCGCGAGAUGCCGUCUGCGCAUGAGCGCACGUGCUGCCCAUGCAGAAAUUUUGGGAGUAAAGACGAAGAAGAACCACACGUCAACUGAUGAGCAGGACUCUAUAGAAUAUUGGAUAGAAUAUUUUUUUGUGGAUGACCUUGACUAUCCUGCUCGCGCUGCAAGGCGGUACAAGAGGGAAGGUGUGUGUUUGUCUGGUCACCCCUAGCAACUCAUCCCGCAUCAGGACAUGAUACUGGACUCGGUGCCACCCACCCCAAGCCGACCCGCGCUGCUUUAUUGCCUGGUUUGAUUUUUGUACAAAUCAGCUGUAUCCAAGGGUUGGAACUGAGAGCAUCGUCCGUUUUUAUUGCGGUCGACUCAAUUGGAAGUGAGCAGCCAAUCUUUCUCAUAUUCUCAGCUAUUGUCACGCAUUAUUUGAGUCUCACAACGUCCUCAGUCCCUGCCUUAAUGUGCUCAUACUUUAUCAUCUUCUGCAUCGCCCUCCUACUGUACUUCCACACUGUGUGUCUUUCCUCUCACCCAAAUCCAAAUUCUGACCUAAAAUGCAACAUGCCAGCUGGUCUUUUCGUGAGCAUUUCCUUGGCGUGCCAUUUUUUUUCAAAAGUUAUUUAUUGCACAUUCUUCUGCUGCCUGUAUUAGUUUGCGACACCAAGGUGCUGUUUUCAAAUGUGGUACCGGCUAUGCUUUUACGCAGACGUAUUUUGUUGUUGCAUCGCAGCCCCGCACACGUUGCUGUUGUGUUGCCACCACACAUGCUGAUCGUGUGCACCUUAAAUGGCAACAUGGCUGACAGUUGGCCUUUCAUUGAUCAUUUGAGGGGGGAGUCCACUCAGACACUUGAAUGAAAGCAACACGUUAUUAGCGGCCUUUCUGUCAGACGUGCAAUCCGAAGUCAGAGCUCAAGAGAGGAGAGGGUGUGUCCAUGUUUUUUUUGUUGUUUUUUUUUAGUGCCAUAAAAGACGGACGCUACGAGGAGUCAAAUCAAACGGAAAAAACUAAGGCUGUGUCUCAAGUGGCGCACUAGCGUACUUACACUUAGCUGCAGUACACUUGAGUGCAUGAGUGAGAAGGUGCCCAGAGUCCAAAUGGUGCAAGAAUGCAACACUCAGUGGUCGCCAUCUUGGCUACAAAGCGGAACCCUUCGCGGUACAAAGCAGUGAAGGUGAAGCGGGCAAGUAUUGCGAUGAUCGUGUGCUGUCACGCUGUCAAACUGUGUGCAGUCAGGAACUAAGUACAGUUAUACCUUGGUUUUUGUCAUUACCGUAAUCCCUCGCUUAUUGCGGUUCAUUGGUUUCACACCCGACUGUGAUAUGUGAAUUUCCGAAAAUUAGGAUUGCUUAUUUCAAAAUUUCUAAAUAUUUUUGUAGUCAGAGCAUAGAAAACCUGCUUACCACCUUCUAAAUACGGUUUUUAACAUUAUUAUAACCCUCUACACAUGAAAUAACACCUUUACACUUGUAUUACCCAAUAUAGCUGAUAUAAGAUGUAUAUUAUAUAAGACAUAAUAUAGACGCAUACAUGUUAAAAAUUAUGAACAAAAAUACAUUUUAUAGAGAAUCAUUUGUAAUAAUUAUGAAUGGAUUGAUGUGGACUUCCCGUACAUCCUGGUGUGAUAGGAUUAAAUCGUGUUUCUCGCUUUCUUUAUCAAAGUGCACUCGCAACUUUCUUUGGCCCCAUGGUGGGUUAUUUUUUUAAUGUAAGGACAGCAGCUCGUAGGGUGCUUUGUUUGGGCACUCGACUUCGCAGAAUGAUACAGCACAGACUAGUUUGUUACGUGCAAUACUGUACGACAAACCAAGGCAAAAUUUUGGCGAAAACUGAAUCGUACGAUAGCUGGGGCGCAUGAAAGCUGACUGUAAACUAAGCACAGUGUUCCAUCUGAGACACAGCCUAACGCUUAUCUUCAAGUGUUUUUGCAUCAUGUCAACUCACUGCAAAAAGCAAAGCGCCACAAUAAAAAAAGUACAGUGGAACCUCCCCUUUGUUCUUAUUUCAAAAUGGACAUGUCCAUAAUCUGUUGCGGGGGCCAAACCUUGAUGAGCAUCAUUGCUAAAAGAAGCUAACCACUGCAGGAGUAUAUAAUAUGCAUUAACACGGUUUAGUUAUUGUCAUACAAGUGUAAAAAGAAGUUAAACACUUUUUACCGCAUAUGCCUGUGACAUCUACACAAACUAUACUCCUCAUUACCUUCUUUUAUCAGUACAGUGCUCCCUCGCUACAUCGCGGUUCACUUUUCGCGGAUUGGUUGUUUUUUUUUAAAGUGCAAUUUUGCAUAUUUUUUUUAACAGCGUAUUAACACGCACUGUGUUCUGCAUCCUGGGGGUGUAUUAGAGCGAUCUAUCGGUGCUCUGUUGUAUGUGUCUGUUAUUGUAUUUACUACUGCCACCAGUAGAGGGUGUUGUAUAGUCAUGUGAGAGUUGAAGACAUGUGAGGCCUCGUCUCAGUAUGUUUACGUGCCUGUACGAGCAUUUCAGGAACCCACAGUAGACGGCUAAAUAUAGAGCCACAACAUCCUUACUAAGCGAGAACCCGCCCAUUGUGUUCUGCGUCCCGAUUGGCUGUAGACCACUGUCAAUCAGUCAGUCUCCUUCGUGCCGUUUUCUGUUGUGGUCGAUGGUCGCUAGCAAACCAACUGUGUGAGCUGCUUGCUAACUGCCAAUAAAUAGAAGAAGCAGCAGCUAACCUGCUAAAUGAAUCUUCGGUUGGAGGAGUAGGACGGCAAAAGCAAUAAUACAAUAAAACUUAAUCAUUUUUUGUGUCCAACCUAGUAGGUUGAUCAUUAAAGUUCAAACGAAAUUUGAGCUUAGAGAGUGUUUAAACAGGAGAAAUGUAUCAUGUAUAAAGUGUAUGCUGAGGGGUUUUACAGCUUUAAAACAUAUACAAUAAUUGUAAACAAAGCUGGCUACUUCGUGGAUUUCACUUAUUGCGGACUAUUUUGGGAACCCAUCCCCCGCGAUAAACGAGGGAACACCGUAGUGCCAAUUUAGUGUUACUUUCACGGUAUUGUGCUGAGCAGUCAGGACGCUAGGUUACAAUAAGCUUCUAUGGUUAUCAUCACACUUCCUGUUCGCCAUCACUGUGGUGGCCACACAAAAAACCCCAAAAAAUCUGCCCAAAAGUAACCAAAAAGUACGCAGUUUCCCCCCAUAAUAACCAUACGUUAACAUGUGGAGGUUCCACUGUAUAUGUUUACCACUUCAUGAAGUAUUAGGGCCAAACCGAACAGAAAACAAUACACUAAAACGUACAAAAAUAUCGUUGAAAAGUAUUUUAAAAGCUCCCUUAUGGCGAUGAGAUAUUUCGACGUGACAUAUACCUUUUUGAAUCAUUUCGUUUGGAUUUUUUUUUUUUUUUGCAGUAUCAUAACUGCGAGUUUGAUAUGAUAAAAGCCCAAAAAGCCGUAUCUUUUUUGCAUACAUUAUGAAUAUCAUGCAUUUCCCCCUUGUUGCUGAUGUGAUUUCAUCGUUGGACUGUGAUUUGACUGAAAUGUUGCAACUAAGUGUUGAUCUUGAGCACUUUUUUCAGCAUCUGUUUCCUACUCGGUGUACUAUUAUUUUAACGUUUCAAUGUCUCAUUUUCUUUUAUAUAAAUAUAUAUGUUGGAGAUUAUCAAGUAAACUACAUUUCCCUCAGCUUUGCAGAUAAAAUCAUAACUCACUGCACUGUACAUAAACAUAUAUUUAUUUUUUUUACUGUGUAGUCUCUGAGGUGACGUUCUAGGCCUGUACUGCAUUGCUGAGGGGAGUUCAUGCAUGAAGUCGGAUGUCAGAUGCCAAUAAUCCAGUUCAGGUUUGCAUUGGUUUUCCCUAAGCAGCUCCCCUGAACCGGUAGGACUCAUGCAGCCGCAGACCGUGACGCUUGACUGGAGGUACUCACUUGUUGCCAGCUACGUAGAGAACAACGGCUGUGGAUGUCACGUCUAUACAGUAAUCCCUCGCCACUUUGCGCUUCAAAUUUGGCGGUUUCACUCCAUCACGCUUGUUCAGAAAUGUAUGAAUGAAUAAAUCAUGUUGUUUCGUGAUUGAAUACGGCUUAUUCAAGUCCCAAAAUAUGCACAUCUAAGUAAAUUUGACGUAUUUUUUGCCCAAAUUAAGCAUUUCCUAUCAUAAAAAUGGCUAAAUGAACAAAUACGGCAUUCAGAAGACACAUUCAAAGACGUUGUGAUUAUAUGUAGUAUUCUACACUGGUCACCAGGUGUCAGUAAUGUUACUGUAAUGUCCGGUGAGAGACACAAGCACCAGACAGGCACAAUAAUCCCUAAUAAAAAGCUGUAACCCACACUAAACUGAAAAUUCAAUCUAAACUCCCCAACGUCACUUCCUGUUCGCCCAGCACUCAGCUCCCCUAACAGCGGAACACAUUUACAGCAACACACAUGACCACGAGUCCUAUUUAUGUCUUAUUUUCUCUGAUUAUGACUACUAUAUUGGAUGAUAGGAAUGUAAAGGUGACUAUAGGGGUGUUAUUCCAUGUCCAGAGGGCUCUAGUAAUCUUCAAACCUCUAUUUAGAAGGUUAAACAGGUUUUCUAUGCUCCAACUACAGAAAUAUUCCAUUUAUAUAUGAGCAGUCCCACUUCGCAUAAAUCGACUUAUGACAGUCACGUCUGGAACCAAUUGGCCGCGAUAAACGAGGGAUUACUGUACUCUAAAGUUUGAUUGCAAACGUCCACUUUGCUGCAUCCCUCUUGAACAAAAGUGCAACAUGUGAAAGUGCCACAGCGGAGUUUGAAGUCUGACAACGGUUGCAUACGCCAUUGAUCUAAAAUUGGAUUGGGCUGCACCAUCCUGGCUCUCGGCGGGAGUCCAAUCGCAAAAGCCCACUAAAAGGAAGAUGGAGAAUAAUAAGCGGCUGCAGCAGAUGGGAGGCGUUGUGCCGAGCUGCGCUA